GAAAUCUUAUUAAAAUUUAUUUAAGAAAUGCAUUAAUCGUACUUAUAUUGUUCUCUCCUAAAAGUGAGUUAGCAUUUUUACACAUAUUAUGUUUUAAUUAUCGUUAAUAUAAGAAACUGAAAACAGGACAGAUCUGUCUUUUAUUUUUAUUUUGUCCUACGUGUGUUUCGCUCACCGACGAAUACUCAUUCCUUACGUCCUCUAAUGCUAGCUACUUGUAAACAUUUCGCGGACGAGACAACAGCGACGUGUGUCAAUCAUAAUAUUUCUGCUACUAUGCAAUAUAAAUUUGAUCGAUGGUACUGUGUGUGUGCGGCAUAUUUAAAACAUUUCCUGCCAUAAUAAAGAUAAUAUGGAAAUUAGUUCCAAUUAGAAGUAUGCACAUAUAUAAUACAUGAUUAAAUUGAAAGUCUGGAAGAUACGGCAAUUGAUGUAGAGAUGAAAUUCAUGUGUGUUAUAUCUAAUUAAAUGUAAUUUAUGUACAAUUAUAUGUAAUUCUUUUUAUAUAUUAUUAUAAGUAAUACUUUUUACUCUCUUAGAGAGUAGGUAAAAUCUGUACAUCAUGUUUGUUUUAACAAAGAUGGUCUCAUAAUUUACUAGAGUAAAAAUUAAAAUAUUAAAAAUAUAUUGUAUCUUUCCCACCAUUAUAUGCAAAAUCCUAUUUAAUAAGGAAUGUUAUUAAUCCGUUAUAUAUUUAAAUAGAAUUUGAAUUGUGUCAACAUUUUCCGAGUCAAGCUCUUGUAAACAUUUCAUUAGUAUCCUGUGAACAAUCAUCGAAUCGACAUCUGUUGUGAAUACACAAGUUCCUCAUAUCUAAGAUAUAUUAUUCUAAGAGUGAAAGAGUGAUGGCACAGAAUUUGAUACUACAGUUACAAGUGCAAGAGCUACAAAUACCUAUAAAUUACAACUAUUACUUCCAUCCGAACGUAUGUCAUGUUUGUAAGAUGACAGACCAGAACCAGAUGAGGUUAUGUCCUCAGUGCCAUUUGAUUUCUUACUGCAGCGAGGAGCACAGAUUGCUGCAUCGAGAGGAACACGAGCAUAUUUGCCAGGGUAUAGUAAGCAUAAAUACAUACAGAAACAUGUGGGACACUCGUAACAUGACGUCAGAGGAUUGGCUCCAAUUUAGGAAAGUAAAUUUGAUAUUAUUGAAGGAUAUGCUGCGUCGUGAACUGCUGCCAUAUGAACAGCAAAUGUUCUUAUUUGCUAAAUCGUGUUUUAAUUGCCGACGACAGGAUAACCUGAUCGUCACUUGCACAUCAUGUCUAUCAAUCAACAAGUGUGUUGAUCACAGACAUACUCCUCAUGAGCAUAUGUGCUUGAAGCUGCAGGAAUGUUUCUUCUACGAUUUUUUCAGCUCGUUGCUAGAUAAACAGGGGAAAAUGAUUCCAAGAGAACUUCUUAGCACGGACAUAACAAGCACUACUUAUGACAUGCGAUCACUUAUUCACGAUGGAUUACAUAUUAAUUGUGACAUACAUUUGUGUACCUAUUCUUUUUAUGAUGGUAUAUGCAGUGACAAGCUCUCAGGACCGCUGACACUGUUACAUGGGAUGCGGGAUGCAAAUUUACUAAAUCCAACGGUGUUACCCAAGAUUGACUUCUACAUUGUUCACAUUAUCGCCGGGAGUUUCUCGGAUUUAUACAGUUUGUCAGCUUGGGAAGUCCUCUUACAUGAAUUUAAUCCAGGCACGACGCUACUAGUCGCAAUGAUAGAGCCACAUUUGUCAGAAGGAAGUGAAUUCCUGCCGAUUUGUCAGACUUGCAUCAACCAAAACAAGAAACUUCAAUAUGAUUAUCAUCCUAUGCUGUAUUACAAUUAUGCAUAUAAGUUGCAUACGCAACCAGAUGUAAUUGUAAUAUUCAAUGCAGAGUUUAGGAAUGACGCGAUAUCCAUACAAAAUAUAAAAGCGUUACAACGUGAAGAUUGUCCGAUACUUCUGACGGCUAAAUCGGGAAAUAAAGCUUACGAGACCGUGCUGAAAAUACAGGAAGUAUUGCACAUAGACAUUGUACCUGUUAUUAAUGAAGAAAAUAAAUUUGUAUCCCACAGAUCAUACAGAGACUAUGAGAAUGACUCUGUGUAUUUUCCUAAUCAGCAUUUAGUUAUUUAUCGCGACUUACUUCUUUCAUAUGAUAUUAACCGAGAUAGUAGCCGAAAUGGACUGAUAUAUUAUUAAUGAUGAUGCGUUUCAUUUGCCUAAUUGUGUCUAUAUGUAAGUAAUAGGACAAAUAAAAGAAUGAGGAUUCAUGAAUAAUGAAUUGUGUCAACAUUUUCCGAGUCAAGCUCUUGUAAACAUUUCAUUAGUAUCCUGUGAACAAUCAUCGAAUCGACAUCUGUUAUGAAUACACAAGUUCCUCAUAUCUGUAAGGUUUUGAGAUUCGGCCCUAUCUCUAAUAUAAUUACUCUUAUAAAUAAAAUAUCGCUAAACAUCAAUUAUUUAUCUUGGUAGAUAUAUUAUUCUAAGAGUGAAAGAGUGAUGGCACAGAAUUUGAUACUACAGUUACAAGUGCAAGAGCUACAAAUACCUAUAAAUUACAACUAUUACUUCCAUCCGAAUGUAUGUCAUGUUUGUAAGAUGACAGACCAGAACCAGAAGAGGUUAUGUCCUCAGUGCCAUUUGAUUUCUUACUGCAGCGAGGAGCACAGAUUGCUGCAUCGAGAGGAACACGAGCAUAUUCAUUAUUUUUGUUUUGGAACCAUUUAAAAGAAAAGAACGUAUUUUAAAAAUGCAUUGAUUAAGGUUACAAUUUGCUUUCUUUUGAAAGGUUUUCUAAAAAAGAUUUUAAUAGCGUUUUAUGAUUAUUGAAAAUAUUUAUUUAAGGAGAGAGAGGAGCCCGAUAAUACACUAUGAGAGUGAUAAUAUGCUUUCGCGCUUUGUAAACAUUUAACUAUCUAUAAUAUAAAUAUAAUAUAAAAAUUUAAAUAAAUAUAAUAUAAAUUUCUCGAACACGAUUUUACGUAAGUAUGCAGCACUCGUGUACGACUGCAUUGUUUGCAUGCCUUUAAAAAUAUCAUUAUAAAUUAUGUGCAAGAUUUUAUGUAUGAUUGUAUAAGUGAUUUUUAUGUAUAAUUCCACAAAUCUUUUUAAUUAAAAUAAAUUAUUGUAGAAAAACAUUGAUUGCACUUUAUUGCCUUUCUCUGAGAAAAUAGUUAUUAUUGCUUUACCUAUGACGAUUGAGCGAUUUUUGGACAAUUCUGUGUAAUACUGUUGCAUUUUUUUAUGGAACGAAGCCAUAUAAUAUUAUUGGAUUUUGAAUUGAAUAAUAAUAGUCUCUCUUAUUCGUAUUAUAAUUGACAUUAAUUUGGCAGUUUGAUUCCACCGUUAGAAAUUUAUUUAUUUUAACGAUCGCAAAUGUUAUUUAAGUAUCUUUACCUAAUCUCGUAUUUAAAUAAGCUUAGUCUAUAAUUUGAAUAUGUUUUAUUACUAACCACGUUAAACUAAUUGUUUCGUGAUUUCUUUUAGAAUUUCAUUGAAUCCUUGGUUAUUCAUCAAAUCAAAUAUUACUUAGUUACAUCUGCAAUUAAAGAAUAAAGUGCUUGGCUACUUGAAUGUUGAGAUAUUUUAAUUGGUUGUUCUUGUGCUCUUUAUAUUACACUGAGAUUAGCGUUAUGUUUUCAUUUACAAUUCUUGAGCUAUAUGUAAGAUUAUUAUAAGAUCACUAUGCCGGUUUAAAUCGGCUAUACCGAUAUUAAAAAAUGAUACACCAUCGUAAUAAAAGUAAGAUUUUUCUUAAAGAAAGAUUGAAAUUAUUGAUCAUUUCGACUUGAAAAUGUUUGAUUUAAAGUUUAUAACUUCUAGUAAUAUUCAAAUUCAAGGUAUAAAAACGACAGAAAACAGUUGAACACAGAUAAGUGAAAAGAAGAAACAGGCUUUUAUUUGAAGUACAUUGCAAUAACCAACUCUCCUGCGUGUUGGUGUGUAAUAAUGAUAGUAAUUUUAUAUACUACGAGAAAAAUUUUAUAAA